AAAGGGCCAGGUGAUUGUGCUGCACGAUUCAUAAACAGGCCUCUCGGGAGAAACCCAGGAAGGCCCCGCACGGGUCAGCCCCCUCUCCAAGCCUGGCACGUGGGCCUGACUCCUCCUUGGUGCCAGCAGCCAGGAGGGUGACAAGACUGGGCCUGGCCUUAAGGAGCAGCUGACUGUUCUGCAGCUGACCUUCAAUCUAUCUUCUCCUGACCCAAGGAUCAGCAAGGGUGUCAAGAGUUGAACACAGAAUGGAAGGGGAAAGGAUCAAGCCUCGGCCUUUGGUGGAGGAGGCAUAUGAUAUGUCAGGUGCCCGUCUGGCCCUGACACUGUGUGUCACCAAAGCCCGGGAAGGUUCAGAAGCAGACCUGAAUGCCCUGGAACACAUGUUCCGGCAGCUGAGAUUUGAGAGUACCACGAAGAAAGACCCCACUGCCCAGCAAUUCCAGGAAGAAUUGGAAAAAUUCCAGCAUGUCAUAGAUACCUGGAAAGACCCCGUCAGCUGUGCCUUCGUGGUGCUCAUGGCACAUGGAGAAGAAGGCCUCCUCGAGGGAGAAGAUGGGAAGAUGGUCAGGCUGGAAGACCUCUUUGAGGUCUUGAACAACAAGAAUUGCCGGGCCUUAAGAGCCAAGCCUAAAGUAUACAUUGUGCAGGCCUGUAGAGGAGAACACAGGGACCUUGGUGAAACAAUAGGUGGAGAUGAGGUUGUGAUGGUCACAAAAGACAACCCCCAAACCAUCCCAACUUACACGGAUGCCCUCCAUGUCUACUCCACAGUGGAGGGGUACAUCGCCUACAGGCAUGACCAGGAGGGCUCUGCCUUCAUCCAAACCCUAACGGAUGUGUUCAGCAACAGGAAAGGACCCAUCCUGGAGCUCCUGACAGAGGUGACCAGGCGCAUGGCAAAAGAAGAACUGGUUCAGGAAGGAACAGCGAGGAAAGUGAAUCCUGAAAUCCAAAGCACCCUCCGGAAACGACUCUAUCUGCAAUAAAAGAAGAAAAGGCAGAGAGAAGCUCCCCUUCAGGUGCUCUCUCUGCCCCACAGAUAGUCAGAGGCAGCUCUCACCAUUCCUCAAAAUCUUCUCUUUCCAAGGCUAAACAGUACCCAAUCCCUCUUUCAUUACACCCCCUUAUCCACAUUCUUCUUAGAGCAAGGCAGCCAAAAAUGACCAAAAGGCACAAUGAUAACAUUAGCAUCACCUCCCUCAAGCUAGAUUCUCUACUUCUAUUAAUGCAACCUCAGAGUGCAUCCACUUACUCUACUUUCUGUUCCUGUGCUCAGCUGAGAUCUUCUUCUUCCUACAAAUCAUACCCAUAGAAGUUAACUAGAUAAAGCUCAUCUUUUCCACUGGCAAACAAUGCUUACUCACCACCACCCAUUCCAAUGACACUUCUGACUCCAUCUAACUGACUCCAUCUAACCUGGAACUAUAACCUCCUCCUCAACCCACAUCCAUUCCAUCUCCCAGUGAUUUGCUUAUGGAAACUCUGGAGUUUCCAUAAGCAAAAAAUUGUUUUUCUCCUAUACCCUGCCUCUGUGGCUAGCAAGUUGUGUCAAGUUGGUCCCCUUCUCCUAAUGCCUCUCCCUAGAAGGCACUGAACUCUACCUAAGAAAAUCCACCCAUUCAUCUCUCUAUCCUCACAACUCAACUUUCAAUCACAGCAGAUCCCCUAGUGUCAGCCUGUUAUUUUGCAGACCAUAUAAUAGAGGUGGAGAGAAGUUAAGUAAUUUGUCAAAUACCACACAGCGAGACAGAACCAGAGUCAAGGCCUGACUUCCAUCCAGCCUUCUUUCCUUAUCUGCUAAGUUUUGAUCCAUCAGAAAUCUUUUCUAAUUAGAACUGCCCAAAAAAAAAAAAUAGCUGUCCCUACCUUGGUUCUCUGGAAGACUUCUAGAAAUUCUCAAUAACCACCAGCCCAGCCCAGGUUACCUCUGAGGAUCCGGCACUGGGCUGGAAGUUGGAUUGGCUGCAUUGUCUUCCUAGUCUUUGGCUCCUACUGUGGACAUAUCCACCAUCUUGAAAACUUCUGACUGCAGAUGGGUCUUCUUCCUGGUCCCUCCUCCAAGCAUUCCCUGAUGUUCUCACCCUCAGACCGCAGGUUGGGGAUUCCGUGCACCCCCCACACACCACCAGCCACCACGCCCAGCCUACCUGACUGAAACUGCCUGCACACCUGCCUCCCCUGCUCUCCCCGCCCCCUCCAGGCUCCAUCGCCAUCCUCUCCUAUCUUCAUCUUUGCAACCAUGGUCCUUCCUUGUUCCUCUGCACCCAUCCCACCCCCCAUCUCUCCUCCAUGCCACCCACAGAAUGAUCUCUCUGGAAAGAAGACAUGAUGAGACCUAUUAUCUAUAGGUCAAGGUCAAACCCCACAUCCCGACUUCUCUCAGCUGUGCAAUCCCGCCCACCACCUAAGCCUCUAAGCCUCUGCUUUCCCAUCCCCCAAGCUGAGGGGCCCUCUCUUUCCCUUCACCCUCUUACCACUACCUCCCACCCUCGCUUAUUCCAGAAAGCCAUUCCCUAUAGUCUUUCUAAUUGAUACAGCCCUCUUACCCAGAAUGAAAUGCUGGGCAGGAAAGAAUCUUUGAUUGGAAUGAUGUGUUCAAUAAAACAGCUGUCAAACCUUG